GUUGUAGUUCGCAUAGCUUUUAACCGAUUGUGUGUGAUUCUUCUUGGUAUUAUUCGUUAAUUGUUUGUGUUAUUAAAUUGCUUAAUUGGACGUCGCUUUAUGAUUGUAUGGGGAGUAUGUUAGGAUUACCUUGUUUUUCCUUAGUGUUCACUUAGUUUGCAUUACAUUUGUGUAGCGUGUGUAUAAUUGGGUUGUAUCUUGUGUUUGCAGGGUUUAUACGGUUCAUUUGUGUGUUUGUUUGUGUAUACGGUGUUCUAUUUUUGUAAUUCUUUUUGUAAGCUAUAGCGCUCUACAUCACGAUGAGUUACAGUUCUUCGGAUAACAUAGAGGAUCCGUUUGUUAAGUACGUGUUUUACGUGAAUCCGUUGCAAUAUAAGCGCAUUUGUAUACGUCGCGAUCAACGUAAUCGCAUAUUACAGAAGCGUGGUCGUCCAUUACCUACUUAUGUACCUGUUGCGGUACGUUCUGAGGUGAGUGGUAUAAAGCGCAGUCGUUCUGGAUAUGAUAUUUCUUCCCAUGGUUAUGGUUUGCAUGGCUACGGUUUGUACUCCGAUAUGAAUUAUGGCAUGAACGGCGACUAUACUCAGGGUGUUUCCAAGAUGAUGUGUUACAAUGACUAUUCAAAUGGCGGUUACGUUGAAUCGUCUGGUUUGAUGCAAAUGAAUCAGGAUCCUAUGGGUUACGUCACUCCAUCUGGUAUGGGUCCUCUGUCUUCUAAGUCUGUUGAAUAUCAAUCGCCGCGUUAUGGUAAUGGCUGCGUUGGUAUUCCUGAUGUUUACCAAACUAUGCGGCCUAUGUGUUCCAUGGAUUCGACUAGUAGUAUGGAUCGUGUUACAUCAGAUUCCCAUUCGGGUGACCUUUACUCUUCUAUGCAGGCUGUAUACCCGGGUAAUGGGCAGGUACUACCUCGUGUGAAUGGUUUAUCUGAGAGUUUUUCAUCUAAUUCGAGUAGCAACCAUGACAAAUCGGUGAUGGGUCAGCGUUCUGGCAUGAACAUAAUGCCUGGUUAUUCUCCUACAUCUGAGGCUAUGUCCAAUUGUUCCGUCGUAACUGAUUUUUACGGCAAUUCCUCUUAUAGUGCUGGUUCUUACACCAGCGGUUCAUAUUCUGGUGAGACUUACAGUGGCGAGUCGUGUUCAUCUGAGUAUGCGUACCCUGGCGGUACAACUUCUGAGUACUACACACCUGGUUCGGGUACCGGUACUGUUUGCAAUGGCAAGGGUCAGGGCGUUACUUCUGACUCCGUCAAUCCAUCUACAUCGUCUGACGACAUUGCCGGUGGUUAUUCUCAGCAUGUUGUGGAGGGUGUUGGUGGUUAUUGACGUAAUGUCAUAUCGCUAUAAUUCGGGUGAUGUGAAAGCAUCUGCAUCAUCUGUGUCAACUACUCUGUUGUGGUAUUCACAUCAGUGUUUCCUUCUUGUUCCAGCA